GGAUACAAUUCUUGGAGGAGAUUUUGUGGCCUUUCUGCCCCCAAAAAUCUAGAUGAGUUGGCCAUUGUUCUAAAUAAUAAGCAACUGGCCAAAAAAUUAUUAGAUCUGUAUGGAACACCUGAAAACAUAGAUCUCUGGAUUGGAGGAGUCUCUGAACCCUUGGUUCCAGGUGGAAGAACUGGAAAGCUACUGUCUUGUCUUAUUGGAGACCAGUUCCGCAGGGCUCGAGAUGGAGAUCGGUUUUAUUAUGAGAAUGAUUUAGUUCUCAGCAAAGCUCAGAAAAGUUCCAUAGAGAAAUCAACUAUGUCCCAAAUUAUCUGUUCCAAUACAAACAUCACUGAGAUCCCUCUAAAUGUCUUUUUUGGAAAUCGGUACCCUGUGGAUUUUGUUCCAUGUUCCAGCAUCCCAGCACUGGACCUGGGCCCAUGGAAGGAGCUCCCU